AUGGCGCAAGCAGCAAGUGAACACGAAGGCCCUCUUCAGGCAGACGAUGCUGCAUCUUUAAGCCAUGAUCCUGCAUUAGCUGCCACUCUUGAGUCAGGAAGUUAUCUGACGUCCCUCAAUUCCAGCGUUUUGAACUACAAAUACGAAAAUGGGCGGCGAUAUCAUGCAUUCCGUGAAGGCGCUUACCUAGUGCCCAACGAUGACGAGGAACAGGACAGAAUGGAUCUGGGUCAUCAUAUCUACCGUCUCGUCCUCGGCGGCGAUCUUUUCCUCGCGCCUAUGGGCGAUAAAGUCAAGCGUGUUCUUGACAUCGGCACAGGAACAGGUAUCUGGGCCAUGGACUUCGCCGAGACCCCACCAAACUGCCUCUUCGAAGUCGAUGAUUUCGAAUCAGAUUGGCUCUUUCGCCAACCCUUCGACUUUAUCCACGCGCGCGAACUGGAAGGCUGCAUCAGCGACAAUGCGCAGUUCUUCACACGCGCUCUGCAGAAUCUAGUGCCAGGUGGAUAUCUCGAGAUGCAGGCUGUUCACUCCGACUUCAAAUCCGACGACAACACGAAAGAUAAAGCGAAGAAUGCGUUGCUUUGGAUGAAGACUAUGGUUGAGGGGUCUUCUAAGUUUGGGAAGCCGUUGAACGUGGCGCCGGAGUGGAAGAAGGAGAUGGAAGAUGCUGGGUUCGUGGAUGUUGAGCAAAAGAUUCUCAAGGUACCUAUUGGAUCUUGGCCUAGGGAUCCGAAGCUCAAAGAGAUUGGCAAGUUUCAGUCUGUUCAGGAAGCGCAGGUCAUUACGUCGUAUACUCCUGGUAUAUUCUCGCGUAUUCUUGGGUGGAGUGAUGAAGAGAUUCAGGUGUUCAUGGCAAAGGUAAAGAAGGACCUUUCUGAUCCGAGUAUUCAUCUGUAUCUUCCUGUCUAUUUCAUCUGGGGAAGAAAGCCAGAGUGA